UUUGGUUAUGGUUUUGGACACAAGGGGGCACCUUUGGAGCAGCAGGCCAUGUUGGUCCUCUCAUCCAGCCCCCUAAUCGAAAAUGCCACACUUAUGGAGAAAUCUUUGGCGAGUUCUGGACUCCCUUACAGAUCCACCUAAAAGAUCGGAGGACAACAUUGUCCUGGGCGUUCCCCCAAGUCAACUGAGUUUCCUGACCCAUCUAAGUCUGCGAAGUGAGAGGAUGUUGCCUCGACGUGCCCGAUACCUUGUGCCAUCUCUAAGUCGCCAUGUGGUAUUCUCGCCCAGCACUUUGGAGCACCAGAAAAAUCGACAAGUUGUUAUGCAGGCGGAAACAUCGGCCUUCCAGAAUUUCGUGCGUGAGAUGUACGAAGGAUAUUACCAACUAUUACUCUCGCAGGAGAUGAGAAGACACGGCUUGCAGCCAGAACUACAGCUGAGCAUUCGUAGGCUGAGAUUCAAGGAUCUCGUACGUCUCCAGAGGGUGGCCAGAGAUUUGUGGAAAAAAAUGGGCAAAGAACGAAAACAACCGUACAAGGAUCUGGCCAUGAAGGCCCUCCAUCGUCGGUGUUUACGCCUGCCGCCCGAUCCUUAUCAAAUACCCCCGCAUCUUAAGAGAUCAUCCAAGUUACAGAAAACUAGAUCCGUUUUUAUUUGAACCAUAUAGAUAUGCUUUUUUCAUUAUCUAAAUAAAUUGCGGUUACCUAUGUAUUUCAGAUGA